CCUUGACAUUUUGAUUACACAUCCUCAAUCUGUCAAAUUAGCAAAGGAAAGGGCGUUGAGUUAAAUAACUUCAUUAAAUAGACUGAAAAUAAUGGGCGAGCAACAGUUUGAUUGCGCCUUAGACCUGAUGCGAAGGCUGCCGCCACAGGAAAUCGAAAAGAAUUUAGUUGACCUAAUAGAUUUAGUUCCUAGCCUUUGCGAGGAUUUACUUUCUUCGGUGGAUCAACCGUUGAAAAUUGCCAAGGAUAAGGAGACGGGGAAGGACUAUUUACUUUGCGAUUAUAACCGGGAUGGGGAUUCCUACAGGUCCCCGUGGUCGAAUACUUACGAUCCUCCUUUGGAUGACGGAUCUAUGCCGUCAGAGCGGCUUAGAAAACUGGAAUUGGAUGCGAAUCACGCUUUUGAUCAGUAUCGCGAGAUGUACUUCGAAGGCGGAGUAUCGUCAGUGUACUUCUGGGAUUUGGAGCAUGGAUUUGCCGGUGUAAUAUUAAUCAAGAAAGCAGGCGACGGUAGUAAAAAAAUUAAAGGCUGUUGGGACUCCAUUCACGUAGUCGAAGUUCAAGAGAAAAGUACGGGCCGCACAUCACAUUACAAAAUGACCUCCACUGCUAUGCUGUGGUUGCAGACUAAUAAACAAGGUUCGGGAACAAUGAACCUCGGAGGAAGUUUAACACGACAGAUUGAGCAAGACUCGCCGGUCAACGAAGCGAAUCCUCACAUCGCAAAUAUAGGGCGAAUGGUGGAAGAUAUGGAAAACAAAAUUCGUAACACCUUAAACGAAAUUUACUUCAGUAAGACUAAAGAUAUCGUAAAUAGUUUAAGGUCAGUUCAAGGGCUGACGGAGACGCGACAGCAGCAGGCCCUUAAGCAAGAUUUAGCCGCCGCAUUGCAACGAAGACAUAACAAGUCAGAUAACUGAUGCGAGGAUGUGUUCGAGAGUUUUACAGUCGGAGUGGAUUAUUUAUCACUUUCAUAAUUUUAAGUUUUUGUAUUGCUGCUUCCGCAAAUUAAAAGUAUUACAGUUCUUUAACUUCA